GGGACCCACAGAGGUGUCAUCUCUGAACCAGAAAGUGGGCUGCACCAGACUCGGAGUCUGCAGGCACCUUGAGCUUGGACAUCCGGCCUCCAGAACAGUUCCCAGGAGGGUGGCCCUGUCAAGAACAAGAGAUGAUGAGCCUCCCCAGACCCAGGAGGGGCAACCAGCUGCUGUUCCUGGGCAUCAUGGUCCUCGCGGUCCUGGCCGUCUUCCUGCUGUUCUAUGCUCUCCUCUGGCAGGCGGGCGACCUCAUCAACUCGCCCAACCUGAGAAUCGGCUUUUACAACUUCUGCCUGUGGAACGAGAGCGCGGGCCGCCUGCAGUGCCACCAGUUCCCUGAGCUGGAGGCCCUGGGGCUGCCUUGGGGCGCCCUGGCCCUGGCCAGGCUCGGCGUGUACGGGGCCCUGGUGCUCACCCUCUUUGUCCCCCUGCCUCUGCUCCUGGCCCGCUGCCACAGGAGCGAGGGUGAGUGGCAUCUGGCCGUGUGCUUCCUGGCGAUGGCCUCCAUGCUGCUGGCUGGGGACCUGGGCCUCUUCCUCACCUACACCUGGAAGUGGAUCACGAUCUCCCUCCUGGGGCCUGGAUUUCUAGCUCUGGCCGCUGCCCAGGCCUUGCUGGUCCUCUUGCUUAUGGCCACAGUCAUGUUCCCCCAAAAGGCAGAAGAUGACAAGAGCAAGCAGAAGAGACACUAGACCUGUCCAAAGGCUCACAUGACUGCCAGGGCUGUUUGAAGGAGGCUCAGAUAGGUGCCAGAGGACUCAUGAGUUGUUUUCUCAGCCACCCUGCAUCAUAGCUGAUACCGAUCUCAAGCUUGAGCAGAUGGGCCCCACUGAGGAAGGGGCACCCGGCAUGAAGGAGGCCCGGGCAGUAAGGGUGACUGGGCCCUGCGGCUUCUUAGUGUUGGCUUGCCUGUCCUUUGGGACUGCUAACACCACGUAGCUCCUUGUCACGAGAAUUCCUGCUAUAAUUAACUGAUCUGAGCAAACCAUUCUUACUUCAUUCCCAGGAUGUUGGCCAGAGAAGGGUUCCUGUCCCAGGGCCAGAUUUCCAGGAUGAUUGGUCAAAGGCCAAACUGAGACCCCGGGAAGGUUCAUGGUGACAAAUGGGGUAACACUGAGGGCGUCUCAGUGUCCCCGGGGCCCUGGUUAGCAAGCUUCUCCCUUCCCCCUUCCUCCCCAAGACACCACUCCCAAAGGCACAGGAGAGAUCUCAGAGGGAGUCUCUGAAGUUCCCCUAAGGCUACUGGACCCCAAGCCAGACAGCAGGGGAGUGAGUUGGCACAACCUGGGAGUCCAGGAGCAGAACAUGCUGAAACCUGGGGGGGGGGGGGGGGGGGGGGGAGGGCAGGCAGGGUGAACAGGACUAAAUGGUUCCACAAAUGCUGCAUGCCUUCACUGCUCAAGCUAGACCUAGAAAGGAUACAAGCACCACUUCUGCAUGGGGAAUUGUACUUUUCAGCACUGUAUAUUGAAAAGCUGUAUAGCAAUGGUCGCCUCACUCUCUGCCUGCCAAAAGCCACACUGAAUACAGAGGCAAUGUGAUCUCUGCCCUGACCUGUUGUCCUUAGCGUCCACUCUGGGAGCCUGUCCCACAUGCACUUUCAGAGUGACCAGGGAUCAAGGCCAAAGCCACCAAGUAGAAGGAAGCGGGCAGCUCAGGAGAAGAGGCCUGUCUGAUGGUAGAAGGCUUGGACCAAAGGUACCCCGGGAGCGCUAAGCUCCCAGACAGAGCAGAGCAUGGUGGGCAGAAUGUCCUCACGGCUCAGGGAUUGACUGGCUGCCUGUGAAGGAAACUCUAAAUUCGGCUUCCUCCUCACAGAGAGAUGGUGCUGCCUAAACCGGACAAUUCUGGUGUUUUUAGCAGCCAUACCCUUUUCUGUUUGAAAGGUAUUAAUCUGAUCCCUUGAUGCCA